AUGAGUGUGGAAGAAGAUGUUAUGAAAAUUCAAAAGAAAUUAACAAAAAUGACGUCGAAUGAUGGCACGGGGCAAGAAGAAGCUCUUGAGUUACUGAAAACCUUACAAACAAUGGCUAUCAAUUUGGAUGUUUUGACGAAAACAAGAAUCGGAAUGACAGUCAACGCCUUACGAAAGUCGAGUAAGGAUGAAGAAGUUAUUUCAUUGUGUAAAACAUUGAUAAAGAAUUGGAAAAAAUUUCUUUCCACACCUACCACACCGGGCAAAGACUCUGGAAGCUCAUCAAAACCAAAAAAAGACUCCAGCAAGGAUAAGGAAAAAAAGGAAGAUAAAGAAAAAGAUAAGAAAUUACCUGCUUCUUUUCCUCCUCAGUCAAAUACAACCGAUGCUGUCAGGCUAAAAUGUCGUGAACUACUUACUCAGGCUUUAAAAACUGAUGGAGAAAAUCCAAAUUCUUGUGGAUCACCGGAAGAAUUAGCUGAAGAACUCGAGGAAUGUAUUUAUGCUGAAUUUAAAAAUACUGACAUGAGAUACAAAAAUAGGGUGAGGUCAAGAGUUGCAAACUUAAAAGACCCAAAAAAUCCUACUUUGCGCACUAAUUUCCUUAAUGGUGUCAUAUCAGCUUCGCGAUUGGCAAAAAUGACACCUGAAGAAAUGGCAAGUGAUGAAAUGAAAAAAUUAAGAGAGAAAUUUAUAAAGGAAGCAAUUGAUGAUGCACAAUUGGCAACUGUACAGGGUACCAAAACUGAAAUGCUCAAAUGUGGUAAAUGCAAAAAGAAGAACUGCACUUACAACCAGCUCCAAACCAGAAGUUCUGAUGAACCUAUGACUACAUUUGUGCUCUGUAACGAAUGUGGCAACCGCUGGAAAUUCUGU